AUGCAGUCGAUCCUCUCCCGCUUCAGCUCCACCGGCAGCUCGCUGCCCGCCGACGACGACUUUGGCAACAGCGGCGCCGCAGCCACCUCGUCCUUCCACACAAACCUCAAGCACAUCAACGGCACCCCUGCGCAGUUUGAGCUGCCCAACGUAGACCCUGCCACCUUCCUCUCUCAAUACACCGACGUCGACUCGUCGAACCCGGGCGCCAAGAUCAAGCUGUCGCACGGCACCACGACGCUCGCCUUCCGCUUCCGCGGCGGCAUUAUCGUCGCCGUCGACUCGCGCGCCACUGCGGGCUCCUACAUCGCCUCGGGCACCGUCAAAAAGGUGAUUGAGAUCAACCCGUACCUGCUGGGCACCAUGGCCGGAGGCGCCGCCGACUGCCAGUACUGGGAGACGUACCUCGGCAUCCAGUGCCGCCUCCACGAGCUGCGCAACAAGGAGCGCAUCAGCGUCGCCGCCGCCAGCAAGUACCUCAGCAACCUCGUCUACAGCUACAAGGGCAUGGGCCUCAGCAUGGGCACCAUGAUCUGCGGCUGGGACAAGACCGGACCCGCCCUCUUCUACGUCGACUCGGACGGCACCCGGCUCAAGGGCGACGUCUUCAGCGUCGGAUCCGGCAGCACCUUUGCCUACGGCGUCCUCGACCAGGGCUACCACUGGGACCUCUCGGACGAAGACGCCCAGGAGCUCGGGAGGAGGAGCAUCUACGCCGCCGCGCAUCGGGAUGCCUACUCCGGCAACACCAUCAACCUCUACCACGUCAAGGAGCACGGCUGGGAGUUUAUCGACAACUACGACGUGACAAAACUGCACUACGACGGUCCCGGCAACGUGCCCGGCGCGCCCGGCGGCGGAUACGGGUGGGACGUGCGGACGGCGGGCCUGUCGUCGAAGCUCGAGGCGAGACCGGGCCAGGAGGUCAGCGACCAGGGCGGCCGUAGGGCCGACGAGCAGCCCCUCACUGCCCAGAUUAGGCCCCAGCAGGCCUAG